AUGAACACAACGGCCUCCAUGCAGCCCGCCUCGCUGGUGCCUGCGCAGACCAACGGCCAUGUUGACCAACGUCCUACUGGGCCUUUUGGCGAGGCCAAUGCUGAGACCUGGAUUGCUGUCGGGUCGCUUGCUGAUGCCAUAGGUGAUGCUGAUAAGGCCGCAUCAGCCUAUGACAAUGCUUUGAGGCACUCUCCUAACAACGCAAAAGCCCUGACCAACCUGGCCAACCUUUACCGCUCGCGCGAUGCUUUCGGAAAGGCUGCUGAGCUAUACCAUCGUGCACUUUCGACUGAUACGAAUAAUGGUGAAACCUGGGGUUUGCUCGGUCACUGCUACCUCAUGCUUGAUGAUCUUCAAAGCGCCUACGCUGCCUACCAGCAGGCCCUGCUCAACCUCCAGAACCUGAAUGUUCCAAAGCUGUGGCAUGGUAUCGGUAUAUUAUAUGACCGUUACGGCUCUCUUGAGUAUGCUGAGGAAGCCUUUGCGCGUGUUCUUGAGAUGGACCCCAAUUUUGAUAAGGCCAACGAGAUCUACUUCCGUCUCGGAAUCAUCUACAAGCUCCAGGGUAAACUUGCACAGGCACUUGAGUGCUUCAAGUAUAUCUUGCCAAUGCCACCAUCUCCUCUCACUCAGACAGAUGUCUGGUUCCAGAUUGGUGCUGUUCUUGAGCAACAGCAUGACUUCAACGGUGCCAAAGACGCCUACGAGAGGGUCCUCCAGGCAAACCCAAGACACUCCAAGGUGUUGCAGCAAUUAGGUUGUCUGUAUGCCCAGGAAACUACUUCUUUCCACGAUCUCGAUAUGGCACUUGCUCUGUUGAAGAAGAGUGCAGACCUUGACACCACAGAUGCUCACACUUGGUACCACCUCGGAAGAGUGCACAUGUCCAGGCACGACUAUGCCAAUGCCUAUGAGUCUUUCCAGCAGGCAGUGAACCGCGAUUCGAGGAAUCCAACCUUCUGGUGCUCUAUCGGAGUCUUGUACUACAAGAUUACUCAGUACAAGGAUGCUCUCGAUGCGUACACCCGCGCCAUCCGCCUAAACCCGUACAUCUCCGAAGUGUGGUACGAUCUCGGUACUUUAUACGAGACUUGCAAUAACCAAGUGGCCGAUGCACUUGAUGCCUAUAGGCACGCUGCCAGGCUUGACCCCAACAAUCCACAUAUUCAAGAGAGGUUGAACCAGUUGACGAAGUACGAGAGCGAGGGAGGAAAGGGUCCUCCACCUCCCCCACCUCAGCAACAGGCUCCAAGAUUACCUACAACGAUGAUGAAAGGGGCUCCCCCUUAUGGCGAAGCUCAGGCGGCUCAACCAGCGUUGCAACAACUCCAACACGGUCCACACGCGUUGCCUCCUCCUCCUCCUCCAGCCGAGCUGCCCAUUCUGCAGCAACAGCAGGCUGGGUCAUUCCCACCUGAGCAAGUGAUAGCAUCGCUGAAUGCACCUAUUACUGUUGCUCCGGUUGUGCCUGCUCCGGGUACGGAUGGCUACUUUUCUCCUCAGCCGCUUAACGUUCCAAAUGAAAAGGAGAAUCCAGGUCCUGCGUCAGAUGAGCCUGCUUUGAAGAGGCAUAAGAAGUCUAACAGUCAGAGUAAGAAGCGCGAAGAGGCUGCUGAGAUUACUCCGGUGGCUCCAGCACCAGUGGUUUCUGCACCAGUGGAUCAGCUACCACCGGUUGCGGUGCCCGUGGGGGGAGAGUCGGUAAAUCCCGCUCCUGAGGCAGUCUCACAACCGGUCGAAGAGCACAAAGAGCCAACGAUAGAUUUGAAACCACCAGAGGCAGAUCCAGAGCCUGUGGAAGAAGCAAAGGAAGAGGUUGCCGCACCUGAGCCAGAGGUUGUCGAGGCGCCAUUGCGCAAGAUUGAAGAGGAUGAAGACUACGACGACGAUGACGAUGACGAAAAUGAGAAGGCUCCAGUCGAAGAACCUGUUCACCCAGAGGAAUCUCAGAUUAAGCAAGUGGAAACCGCUGAAGUAGCUGUAACCCCAAUUGCAGCAUCUGAGCCGGCUGCUGAUGCCGUUCCAGAACAGGUUGCUGAGCCGGUGUCAGAGUCUGCGCCAGCGGUUGCCGAAUCUGCUCAACCUGUUGAGGCCGCUGAGCCUAGUGAGCCAGUGGAGCCUGAGGUGGUCGUAGAACAAGAAGCCUCUGUGGUGGAGCAAGGAAAUCCAAUCGAGACAGUGGCAGAUGAGGAGUCCAUAGCUUCUGAAACAGCCGAGCCUGAAGAACCAAACGAUUCAACAGAGACUGCGAAGGAGACGGUAAAGGAGCCUGAGUCAGCUGAAGCAAAGGAAACUUCAGAAGAGCCUAAGAAGGCUUCAGAGGAUGUCAAAGAGGCCUGA